UGGACGGCAUACAGGCCACAGGGACCAGCAGACUCUGAAGGAAGAAUACACGUUGGGUCUCCGACCUGAAUUAGCAGCACCAAGGUACAGACAGAGGAGUGAGCGGCUGGGUAUGGAACAAUGGCCAGGUCAGCUGACACCAUUGAGAUGCCGGCUCUGGGCCGCCCUUUCCAGCUGGGGAUGCUGUACGACUGCCGCAGUGACGCCCUCAUCCCAGGCAUCACUUUAUGGGACCUGGAGACACUUCAAAAUGAUGUAGACACAAAACCACAAUCCAAGACUGAAUUUCAGAUUGUUACAUCUGACACCACUGAAGACAAGGCCUCUGCCCUCAGUGUCACAGCAUCGCUGAAGGCCAGUUUCCUGCUUGGCCUGGUGGAAGUGGGUGGAUCUGCAGAAUAUUUAAGUGAUACCAAGACAUCAAAACAUCAAGCCCGUGUUUCUCUCCAGUACUCGACUACAACACAGUUUAAGCAGCUGACGAUGAGCCAUUUAGGGUACCAUAAUAUCUCCUAUCCUGACGUGUUUGACCAAGCCACGGCCACCCACGUGGUCACGGCUGUGCUGUAUGGGGCACAGGCUUUCUUUGUCUUUGAUCAGGACAUUUCUUCAUCUGAGAACAUACAAGACAUACACGGAAAACUCCAGGUUAUCAUUAAAAAGAUACCCCAGGUUUCCAUCGAAGGGGAAGGAGCUCUCAAAAUGGAUGACACAGAAAAAAAACAAGCUGAAAAACUUAGUUGUAAGUUUUAUGGUGACUUUGCUCUUGAGAACAAUCCAUCUACUUACCAAGAUGCCAUGAAAACAUACUCCACCCUCCCCAAGCUGCUGGGUGACCAGGGGGAGAAGGCCAUACCAGUGAGAGUUUGGCUGUACCCGCUGACCAAGCUGGAUUCCAAAGCUGCUCAGCUGGUGCGUGAGAUCAGCACAGAACUCAUCUUUGAUGUUCAAACCGCCCUGGAGCAACUGACAGAAUUAGAGAUGCGAUGUAAUGACGCGGUGAAGAAUCCAAUUUCUUUAACCUUCCCCGAAAUCAAGAGGAAAAUCCAGCAAUUCAAAGAUCUGUGUAAGCAACAUAGACAGACUUUCCAGAAACAGCUAGCAGGAAUCUUACCCUCCAUCCGUGGAGGUGGAAAAGAGGAAGGGGCCCUGGUGGACAUUUUAACCUACAAAAACCAAUCACCGUUCAACACCCAGCAACUAAAUGAAUUUCUGGAUAAAAAGGAACGAGAAAUGACUUUCAUCAAUUCCUAUCUUUCUGUCCUAAAGGAUGUGGAAGUGGUGUCCUCCCAGAAUAAACUGGAUGAAAUAGUACUUGACCCCAUCAAUGACUUUGUCGUCGCCUUUAUGUUCACUUCAUUACAUGAAGAGGAGCCAUAUUUAUCAGAUUUAAAACUCUGCCUUCAGACCCAGAUUAUGAAGAAUACCCAAGAUCCUGCAUCAGCCAGUUCUGUCAGUGAGAAAUCCAAACUGUGCUUUGAGGACAAAGAGAGAAACCAAAAAGCCCGAAAAUCUGCAAAAUCCAUUUCAGACUUUGCCCGGGUCAAUAAAUCUAAUGGGAAAACUCGAUUCAUUGUAGCUUCUGUCCCAGAUGAGGACAAUCCUGGAGCUUCAAUUUACCUCUAUGAAAAUGGAGACCUGGUCAGCACUAACUAUGAACUUCCAUCGAAACCUCUUUCUCUCCUGACAGAUGGAGUCAGACAUGACCAUGUGCAGCUCACGUUUAAACCAGCGGCCUUUGGGAGAAAGGAGAUAUCCUGCUAUCGGGUGGAGUACAGAAUGGUAGGGCAGGAGAACUGGACGGCUGUGGAUACAAAUGAUAAACAAGAGACCUUCGCAGUAAUGGGGCUCCAUCCAAACACCGAGUACCAGUUCCGAUAUGCCGCAGUGAGCAAACCAGGACUCAGCGAGAGCAGUGACAUGAGUGAUCCUGUGAAGACUCUUCCCCCUACCAACCCCCCUGGAAAGCCAGUAACAGAUACUUUAGAAUCAUCUGCCAUCACCCUCACCUGGCAGUGUCCAAAUAUUAUUGGAGAUGGAGUUGUUAUAAAGGAGUAUAAGGUGGAAUAUAAAAAGCAGGAUGGCCGUACAAAUCAUAAGGAGAAAGUCAAAUGGCUGGAACGAAGGACAGGAGAGAGAACAGAGUUCUGUACCAUUGAUGGAUUGAUGCCUCAGACACCCUACAGAUUCCGAGUGUCGGCUGUAUGUGCAGAUGGGGCUGUGAGUGACCCAAGUGAGGAGAUGCUGAUUUCAACACCAAAGGGGAAGGUAUCAAAGAAGCAGCCACAUUAUUCCCUUAAGGAAAGCCCUGUGACAAGAGACAAGCAACCUCCAACAUCACCAACAAAAUCACAGACAACAACACACAAUUUUGUGAAACGAGGGUCUCUGAUAACAGAAGAACCCCUGUCAAUUUAUACCCUUCCAUUAGAGACGACACCAUUAGGUCCUAAUGCAUCUUACAUAAAGAACAGGCUGGGAAAAGAAAACCUACAGAUCACUAACAAAGUCAUUAUGGUUCUGGGAUUAACUGGGUCAGGAAAAACUACACUCAUCAAUGGAAUGAUCAACUAUGUCCUGGGUGUGCAAUGGGAAGAUGAAUUCAGGUUCAAACUAAUUCAUGAAAUUACAAACAGAAGCCAAGCCCAGAGCCAGACAUCUGAAGUGACAGCCUACGAGAUCAAUUGCAAAGAGGACUUACGGGUCCCCUACUCCCUGACUAUAAUAGACACCCCGGGAUUUGGUGACACCAGAGGGAUAGAUCAAAACAAAGAGAUAACAAGACAGAUCCGAGAGUUUUUCUCCACUCCCGCGGCCAUUGAUCACAUAGACGCCAUCUGCGUUGUAGUUCAAGCCUCACUAGCUCGUUUGACACAUGCCCAGAGGUACGUGUUUGACUCAGUGCUCUCUAUUUUUGGGAAGGAUAUAAAAGACAAUAUACAAAUCCUGAUCACCUUCGCAGAUGGACAGACACCCCCUGUUCUGGAGGCCAUUAAGGAGUCUGAUGUGCCAUAUUCCAAAAAUGCUCAGGGCAUGCCCAUUCAUUUCAAAUUCAAUAACUCUGCUCUGUUUGCGAGCAAUGCUGGAGCUGACAAGGGCAGGUGUAAUUUCGAUGCAAUGUUCUGGCAAAUGGGAGACGUGAGCAUGAAGACAUUUUUUGAGAGUCUAGGUAAUUUAGAAACAAAAAGUUUAACAUUGACAAAGGAAGUUCUCAGAGAGCGGAAGGAGCUGGAGACAGCUGUGCAAGGGCUGCAGCCGCAAAUCAAAGCUGGCCUGACAAAGCUACGAGAGCUAAGACGGACUGAGCGAGUUCUGGAACAGCAUCAGGGGGAUAUGGAGGCCAAUAAAGACUUUGAGUAUGAGGUAGAGAAAACAGUGCCAGUGAAACUAGAGGUUAUUAAAGAUUAUUUAACAAACUGUCAGACUUGUCAUUACACGUGCCACUAUCCCUGUGGUAUUGCUGAUGAUAAACAGAAGAAUAGAUGUUCUGCUAUGGACAAGUCUGGACAUUGCACUGUUUGCCCAGGUAAAUGUCAGUGGAAUGUUCACUUCAAUCAAAAGUACAGGUGGGAUUAUAUAGUAGUAAAAGAGAAACAGACCUAUACACAACUGAAGGAAAAGUAUGAGAAGGCAUCGGGUGAGGUGAUGACGACUGAGAAGAUAUUUGAGCAGCUCUUUCUGGACUACACAGAAGUAGAAGAUAUAGAGCUAGAGCUUAUUGAGAGAUCAUCUCUCAGCCUCCAACGCCUGCAAGAAAUUGCCUUAAAGCCAAACCCGCUGUCCACUCCGGACUACAUUGACCUGAUGAUCAUGUCAGAAGAACAGGAAGCAAAGCCUGGGUACCAGGAACGCAUAAAAUCACUGAGUAAAGUGAGAGAAACAGCUGUGAUAAAAACCAAGACUGCCAAUAACGAGGAAUUGCUGCCAGCAGAGUUGGAAAUAUAUAAGAAGCGUAGUCAAAAGCGAUCUAGAUUUCAACGAAUGUUUGAUGCAGUAAAACACUUGUUUAAAUAACAA